GGCGAAUUGCAUCGCCGGCGGUGGUUGGGUUUUGGCUGGAAGGCCGUGCCCACGCGCGAGACCGCUCUCCCGGCCACCGCUCACCGCCGGGGAAAGCGGAGUUUGGGGGUUUUCCACCCGCUCCCCACCGCUCUGGAUUGCGGCCGGGGACCCGGCUGGGGUUUGGGGAGGCCCGUCGCGACAUGUACCAGAGUUUAGCCAUGGCAGCUAACCCCGGCCCUCCGGCGUACGAGGGGGCAGGUGGCUUCAUGCACAGCGCGGCCGCAGCGUCCCCCGUCUAUGUGCCCACCACGAGGGUCACCUCCAUGCUCCCCAGCCUGCCGUACCUCCAGAGCAGCGGCUCUUCCCAGCAAGGCAGCCCCGUCUCCAGCCACUCCAUCUGGACUCAACCCGGAGCCGAAAGCGCCGCUUACAACCCCGGAUCUUCUCACCCUUCCGUGUCACCUCGGUUCUCCUUCUCCACCAGCACCCCCAUCCCGGCCACCUCUUCCCGGGAAGCCGCGGCGGCUUACGGCAGCUCCUUGAACCUUUCUGCUAACGGGAGGGAGCAGUACAGCAGGGGGUUCGGCACCUCCUAUUCCACCCCCUACCCGGCUUACAUGAGCCCCGAAAUGGCCACGACCUGGACUUCUUCACCCUUCGACAGCCCCAUGCUCCACAACCUGCAGAGCCGAGGGACCCCCGCGGCCACCCGCCACGCCAACAUAGCAGAAUUUUUUGAUGAUUAUUCAGAGGGGCGAGAAUGUGUCAACUGUGGGGCCAUGUCCACCCCACUCUGGAGGAGAGAUGGCACCGGGCACUACCUCUGCAACGCCUGUGGGCUCUACCACAAGAUGAACGGCAUCAACCGGCCCUUGUUCAAACCUCAGAGGAGGCUGUCGGCUUCCCGCCGCGUCGGCCUCUCUUGUGCCAACUGCCACACAACAACAACCACGCUCUGGCGCAGAAACGCCGAGGGAGAGCCCGUCUGUAACGCCUGUGGACUCUACAUGAAGCUUCAUGGGGUUCCAAGGCCUUUAGCAAUGAGAAAAGAGGGCAUUCAGACAAGGAAGCGCAAGCCAAAGAACCUUAACAAAACAAAGACACCAGCAGGUCCACCCAGCAGCGAGAGUCUUACCCCGACCACCAGCUCCACCACCAGCAGCAGCAGUGCCACGACCACUGAGGAAAUGCGCCCCAUAAAAACGGAACCCGGGCUCUCAUCUCAUUACGGGCAUGCCAGCCCAAUUUCUCAGGCAUUCUCAGUCUCUGCCAUGUCUGGACAUGGAUCAUCUAUUCACCCUGCGAUUUCAGCUCUGAAGCUUUCCCCGCAGGCUUACCAGUCAGCUAUCGGCCAGUCUCCACAAACCAGCUCCAAACAGGACUCCUGGAACAGCCUGGUGUUAGCUGAAAACCACGGGGACAUCAUAACUGCAUAACCUGGUCUUCCACCCAUGAACUUCAGGCUGAUCCACUUGAGAGAUGAAGAAGAUGUCAUGUAAUCAUCAAGUCAAUGUUGCUUCCCACCUCCUCUGCUCUCCUGCCUUCUCUCCCCUUGUGAGAUGUUCCAGCAAAGAGGUAAAGAGGACUUAUCUGAGGUGUAGGAAAGCUCUUAUGAAACAAACAGAGAAGACUCAAGUCUCAAAGUAAUUAAUGGAUUUAAAGCCUUUUUUCCCCACUUUAAAUGAGCCUCUCUAUUUGACUGUCACCACCCUCUAUGAAAUAUCCAGAAACACAAAGAUGGACGCAGUUCUUGAGUUUUGUUUAUUUAAAAAUAUCUGGCAUUUGGCUCAGAUAAUGGUGGAGCAGAGACACUUAUUUUCUUCUGUUGCCAUCCAUUCUUUUCCUGACCAGAAGAAAAUGCCACCGUCUUCUCAUGACCCAAAUUCAAUGAUCUUCCACCAAAUGGAGCCAGUUCCAGAACAGUUUGUUGAACAGACUUCACUAGACAUGCUGUGGUGACUUUUGUGGAUUUGAUAUGGUCUAGGGCAGAGAAAAAAAGAUACCCUCCCACACACACAUCCUCAGCUCACACAUCUAGAGCAUUGUCUUCAUUUUCUAGAUGGUCUGAAAAGCUAAUGAAUGUCCGUAUUUAAUAGUAACUGCUUUCCUAUUUAUCAUUACAAAAUCAUGGGACUGUGUUUCCAAAAGAUGUUGGCUGAGCCUGGAGAACGUCUGUCCAAAUUUAGAGGAAGAUUUUGGAAGGAGGAACCUUCUGGAAGCAGGUAGAGGAGACCCACGCUGAUCAUCAAAUCCUGGAGUAAAUUGCUGGGCUCCUCCCUUAUGGAUAGCUACAAGCCAGGCUUAGACAUUAUUCAAGAGUACAGCAAGUGAAGGAUGCUCUUCUAACGCUGCUGUGCCAUUGCUUUUGAGACAGUUAAUUUAAUUGUUUUGCAUACUUUUAUGUUGGUUUUGAUGUCAUUGAUGAAAUCUGAUUGUCGUUUAUUUUUGGCUGUACUGUGAGUGCCCACUUUCCCCCUAACAGCUGGCUCAUGACCAUUUCACACAACAUACCCUCUAGGAUUUCACCUUUUGCAACAAGCAAAGGCGUCAGCCUCUAAUGGAGGUAGGUGGGGGCCGUUUCUUUACCAAGCAUGUGCAUAGACUUGCUUGCCUGCAAGAGAAGCAUAACUGCAUCCAUGCAUGAGUAUUAAACAAGGCUCGUGGUUUUUCUUGCCCAUAAGUCUCUCAGCAACCAGGGAAUCCUAGUAAAUGGAGUUGGAAGACAUGCUGAGAGCUCACUGACUCAUUCCCUUUUCCCAAAGGGAUCAAUUCUACUUAACCUAGCUCUGGCUGCUCUUUCUCCAGCAUGUGCUUAACAAACUUCAGCAUCGUAGAUGCCACAGCUCCCCUGUGCAGUCUAAGUGCUUCACCAGGUGCUUGCCAUGACGUUUUCAUCAACAUUUCUGAGGAGGGACAGCUUUGCCUGUUCCAGGCAGAGAAUUUCUGGGAGACUUCAUCCUACAAGAUUGUCCACUUUUGUUUCUGUCCACUCCCAAACUCUGUUACUCUUCCUGCCUUCCCAGCUCCUCUCUUUUCCUCCCCACAUCCAGAACUUGAGUACGGAACUACCAAGUGAAAAUCUAGAGGAGGGAUUGUGAAUCCCUCCCAAAUGUGCCAUCCUCUGUCUCCCACUGUUUAACAUUCCCACAAAGAGUGUUUCCACCCAAGCACCAAUAUACGUGGCUCGACGAAGAGGAAAGCCACAUAUGUGUUUGAAGCAAAAGAAUGGCAUUGUGUUAUCUUUGUUUGAAUUCACCAUUUGCCUCCUGAUGGUAGAAAAGCUUCUUUAAGAAGGAUUCAACUGGACUGGUUGUGAUAAAGACUAGGACUGAAGUCACAGUAGAGAUCUUCACCUUUACCCAUCUCCAGUGCUCUGAGUAACUCAGAUUUGCAGGGUUUUGAAGUGGUGACAGAGAAUCUGCACACUCUUUACAUUCAAAAAAAAACAUGGCAGUGAUGCCCUGGGAAUGGCUGGAUGAUGCUUGCACCAGAGUUUCCACUCUGUCUUGCUGAGCUAAUGCAUUGGUUAGUGACCUAGGAAGGACUCAUGGAAACGACACUUAUUUGUAAGGGGGAGAGGGAAACCAACCAACUGAACAAGCUGUAAUUAUUUAAAGAUGUAAAAAAAUAUAUAUUAUGAAGUAGUAUGGCUACCAAUCCACGUAACUUCUACACCUUUAGAACUAAUGGAAAUAAAAUAAUGAUAAUAAAACCGAAA